GAUAGUUCAUAACCUCUCGGUGACCAGGGGAUAGAGAUCCAAGGCCAUGCUCUGGGUCAGUUAUAUAAAUACAAUUCUUAGUAAAUAAUACAUAAUGUACUCUUAUUUGGACUUGUAUACCUGAGAAUUUGAAGUUGUUCAUUUAUGUUGAAGACAAAUGAAGUAAUCACAAGCGAUAUGUCAACACCAACGGUUUUAUUCUCAUAUAUUGAGAGGAACGACACAGCAUCGUUGAGACAAGCGAUCAAGUUUGGAGGGAUAAACCCAAACCACUGGUGCGCCUCGGAUCAGAGCCCUCUAAACUAUGCCAUCAAACUACAGUACCCAGCAAUCAUGAAGGUCCUACUAGAGAAUGGAGCUAGUCCGAAUAUGAUCGAUAAUAAUCAAAUGAUUCCAAUACAGAUUGCUUUAUCAAUGGCCUCAGCUUGUAAAGAUAGGACAAUUUGUACUCUUGCGAAUUGUCAGCCAGAUAUUUCCAGAACAAUGCAUUACACGGCCGAUGCUAACGAAUAUAUGAAGGAUCAGGAGGAAAUUAAUUAUACAAUCAAUUUAGAACAUUUCAAAGGGAAUAUAUGGAACACCCAAAACACAAAGGAUGCUACUUAUACCGACACAGUUACUAUCAUUAAACACCUGGUCGAGCACGGCUGCAUUGUGAACACUUUAUAUUGCCCUGUAUCUGCAUCUAAUCCAUUUCUGAAAGUUUCUGCACUACAUGAUGCUGUUAUGACCCUACAGCCGGAGGUUGUUGAAGUUCUCCUCCAAUCUGACAACAUAAAUGUGGACCUCCUUACAUCCGAAGGUCGCACUGCUCUAUCCAUUGCUUGUAAUAACAGGCAAAUACAUGAGGAAGACGAUGCUUCACUCAAAAUUAUCAAAACGCUAAUUGGACACAAUUGCGAUGUUAACAAAGGAGAUAAGGAUCUGUCAACCCCAUUGAGAAUUGCACUUGAGAAAAAUGAUGAGAAGCUUUGUAAAUUGCUGUCCGAAGCUGCAGUUGAAGUAAAAGACGUAUUGUACUCCCCUAUGUAUGUAGCAAUUACCCGGGGCUGUUCUGUAGCAAUCGUAGACGCGUUGAUUAACCUCGGAUGCGAUAUUAAUAGAAUUAUGAACUUCAUGGGCGAAACUUGCCUAAUCUUAGCAACGCAUAAAGGAAGGUGUGAUCUUGUUGAACUCCUUUUAUUGAGAGGUUCUAAUGUCCCUCGAAGUUGGUACAAAGGAGAGGCGAUUCUCAGUGCCGUGGAACAAGAUGAUGUAAACAUAUUAAAGCUAUUCAUCCAUCAUGGGGUGGAUAUAGAAUGUAACAAUAACUCAAAGACUAGCAUAGUUCACGAGACGGUCAUGCACAACAGCCAGCAGGUUUUAAACUAUCUUAUUCGUGAUACUACAAUUGAUCUAGAUCAAGUUGAUCACCAAGGCAAAACACCCCUGUAUAUUGCAGCAGCACGUGGUCAUCUGAAAUGUCUGAAGCUUCUGGUUGAAAAUGGUUGUGAUAUUCAUACAAGAUGUAACAAACAAUUCUCAAUAUUUGAAGUGGCUGUAUUCUCCGAAAAUGUCCAAUGUGUUGAAUUCUUGCUUUCUAUCUGGUCUCAUCCACAGCCAAUAAUUGCUAAAAUUCUUAACAACCCCAAAGAAUCUCAUGAAAAUGUUAGACACUGGGCUAGAAUUAAGAGUUUCCUAGAAAUGAAAAUGGGAGAAUUCCCUUCUCUGCAACAAGUUACUCGGGACAACAUUCGUAAAUUAGUUGGUCAAAGAAACCUCGAGGCAAAAAUGAUAGAAGUUGGACUCCCGAAACGUAUGACCUCUUAUAUUAUGUACAAGGAUAAAUAA